UCCUGCUGUAAGAAGUGUUUACAAAUAAUAUCCGUACACGUUUGUUGGGGAAAAUAAGAUACGCUGUUGGCUACUCGAGGUAUCUAAUUUUGAAUAAUUUCAAGAUAAAUUAUUGUAACGAAGCGAUGGAAAGCAGAAAGGAUUUAGUUAGUGUUAAAGAGGAGCCUCGUGACGAUUGGGAAGAUGUAGCCAACGAGAGUGUCGAUCCAGGGGUCUCGGUCAAAACCGAAAACUCUGAUGAAUCAUCGGCAAAUCCCACCAAUGACUGUAUUUCGUCGCAGCAGAAGAAAGAUGAGGAUAUUCUGAUAGAAUGCGAGAGCGUAUUGGUAAAACAUGAACCUAAGCCCUCAUUGACGACCAUCUGCCAAGCCACUGUAAAGGAAGAAAAUCCAGCAAAUGACUCGAGUGGAAAGAAGCCUACAAUUUUCAUUAAAAAAGAAUCCGAUUGCGAUAAUAACCGUCAAUUUACAAUAGGAGAAGAAUCGAGUUUAACAAGACAAAUAGAAACGACGAAUAAGGACGAUGGAUCACAUGAAUUAGAAAUUUGCAAAACCGAAAACUCUGAUGAAUCAUCGUCGAAUGAGUCAUCGGAUGAAAUUUCGAUCGAAUUGGAGACCGAGAAUGUAAAACUUGAACCUAAGCCCUCAUUAACGACCAUUUGCCAAGCCACUGCAAAGGAAGAAAAUCCAGCAAAUGACUCGAAUGGAAAGAAGCUUACAAUUUUAAUUAAAAAAGGAUUUGAUUACGAGAAAAACCGUCAAUUUACCACUGGAGAAGAAUUGAGUUUAACAAGACAAAUAGAAAAAACGAAUAAGGACGAUGGAUCACUUGAAUGUAAAAUUUGUCAUAAAUCGUUUAGAUACCCAAGUCAACUCAAAAUACACGUGAAUCAAGUACAUGAUAAAAACAAACCCUUCCAGUGUGAGAUUUGUAAUAAAUCAUUUGGACAAAAAAGUAAUCUCAAGAAACACGUAAAUUCAGUACAUAAUCAGAGCAAACCCUUUGAGUGUGAGAUUUGUCACAAAUCAUUUGGACAAAAAUGGGAGCUCACCACUCACACGAGUGCAGUACAUUUAAGGAGCAAACCCUUUGAGUGUGAGAUAUGUAAUAAAUCAUUUGCAUACAAGAGUGAUCUCAACAAACAUACAACGACAGUACAUGAUCCUAGCAAACCCUUUGAGUGUGAGAUUUGUCACAAAUCAUUUGGACGAAAAGAUUACCUCACUAUACAUGUAAAUACAGUACAUAAUCGGAGCAAACCUUUUGAGUGUGAGAUUUGUCAUAAAUCAUUUGGAUACAAAAAUCAUCUUAAAGUUCAUCUAAAUGCCGUCCAUGAUCGUAGCAAACCCUUUGAGUGUGAGAUAUGUAAUAAAUCAUUUGGACGAAAAUGGGAGCUCACCACUCACACGAGUACAGUACAUUUGCGGAGCAAACCCUUUGAGUGUGAUAUUUGUCACAAAUCAUUUGGAUACAAAAUCAGCUUCGAAACGCAUAUGAGUGCAGUACAUAUGAGUAGCAAACCUUUCGAGUGUGAUAUUUGUCACGAAUCAUUUGGAUACCAGAGUGUACUCAAAUCUCACGUAAGAUCAACUCAUGAACGGAGAAAAUUUGAAUGUAAGACUUGUCACAGGUUAUUUAGCGGCAAGAAGUGUCUCGAAAAUCACAUUAAUGCAGUACAUAUGGAAAGCAAAUCUUAGAAAUAUGAAAUUUAUUUAAAAUUUAUGA